AUGGCAGCAUCGGGCCCGCGACCCGGGAGCCGGCUUUUCCGAACGUACGGGGCUGCCGGUGUCUGGGGGCCGCGGCUGCGGUCGGGGCGGGCAGCCGCGCAGUGGUUCCCGCCCCAAGACCGGAAGCGUUCCUUCAGCAGCAGCAGUAGCAGCGACGCCAGCAACAGCGGCCCCUCGCAGUCUGCUGCUUCCGACGAUCCGGACGACCCCGACUUCUGCGGCAGCCCGCUCCUCAAACCGCAGAGGCGCCGUGGCGGCCGAGUCCCCGGGGGCCGGCCGAGCCCGAUCGGGACCCCACGGCGCCUGAGGCUGCGCGCUCGGCCCCCGCACAACUGCAGCACCCCGCUCGGCACGCUCGGCCCGCCGCCCUUCCCCGACAGCCACCUGCGCGGCCUCAGCCCGGACCCCAGCGUGGGCAGCCAGCCCACGGUUUGCGACGAGCUGGGCACCAGUGCCUCCCUGUUCGGCUCUCCGGCCUCUCCCGGCAGCCCCGGGCCUGGGGCCCCAGCGCCAGCGGACAGUGUCAUCUGUGCCGGCCCCUCCGCCACUCUGGACACAGCCUCCGCAGUUCCCAGAGGCUUCCGCUGCCCGGUAGCCGCCCGGGACCGGGCAUCUGUCCGCUGCUUCUGGAAGGCAGCGUCGGAAGGAGGCAGGCUCACCAGGGCUGCCCACCAAGCGCGUGCCGCCCUCAGGUCAGCUCUCUUUAGACUUACGGACUCAGGAAACCCUGAGAAUUCUGAGUUUGGGGCAGAUGGGAAGAAUAUGAGGGGGUCCUGCUGUGAAAGAGAACUGGUGGCAAACAGGGCGGAGGGCCCAGGUUUGGCAAGCACCGGUAAGAAGACAGCCACAGACCAGCACUCUUGCCAAGAGAAUGGGUCUCAGGAGGUUGUCCAGGUAGAAAGCAAGAAAGCCAGAGGUUGCAAACGCUGUAUUAAAGCUGAGGAAAUCAAAAGGCCUGAAAGAAGUAGGCCAAGCCGGAAGAGGAAACAUCAGGAGAUAGCUGAAGCCUCUCUUCUCCAAGAUCAUCCAUUUAAAAAGGGCCAAAAGAUGAAAACAGAGUCAUUCCUCACCCAGAACCUGACUCAUUUACAAGAUACCUGCUCUUGGGCCAGAACCAGGGCCUCCCUCUCUUUCCACAAGAAGAAGAUUGUGACCGCUGUGCCAGAGGUGUGCAGCGGCUCCGUCAUUGCAAUUUCUUCCUCGGAGUCCCUCUUAUCAGAAUAUUCACACCCUCCUAUCAUGAACAGAACAAACAGUGCUCUGUCCCCUUGGCAAUCCUCCUCCAUGUAUUUGCUAAGCCCCUUAAAGACUCUACAUAUUGUAGACAAAAAGGCAUCUGAUGCUGAAAAGGUUUAUGGGGAAUGCAAUCAGGAAGGUCCUGUGCCCUUUAGCUGCUGCCUUUCCACAGAAAAACUGGAACACUGUGAGAAGAUUGGGGAAGGAGUGUUUGGCGAAGUUUUUCAAACAAUCACUAAUGAUACACCUGUAGCCUUAAAAGUCAUUGCUAUCGAAGGACGGGGUUUAGUCAAUGGAUCCCAUCAGAAAACCUUUGAGGAAAUCCUGCCAGAGAUCAUCAUCUCCAAAGAGUUGAGCCUCUUGUCUGAUGAGGCACACAACCGCACAGAAGGCUUUAUUGGGCUGAACUCAGUGCACUGUGUCCAAGGGUCUUACCCUCCCUUGCUCCUCAGAGCCUGGGAUCACUAUAACUUGACCAGAGGGUCUGCAAAUGACCGGCCUGACUUUUUUGAUGAACACCAGCUCUUCAUUGUGCUGGAAUUUGAGUUUGGAGGGACCGACUUAGAGCAAAUGAGAACAAAGUUGUCCUCCAUGGCUACUGCAAAGAGCAUUCUCCAUCAGAUCACCGCAUCCCUCGCUGUGGCGGAGGCAUCACUGCAUUUUGAGCACCGAGACUUACACUGGGGGAAUGUUCUCUUAAAGAAGACCAACCUCAAAGAGCUCCACUAUACCCUCAAUGGGAAGACAGGCACUAUCCCCACCUGUGGACUGCAUGUCAACAUCAUUGACUACACCCUCUCACGCUUGGAGCGGGAUGGAAUAGUGGUUUUCUGUGACAUUUCCAUGGAUGAGGACCUAUUUACAGGUGAAGGUGACUACCAGUUUGAGAUCUACAGGCUAAUGAGGAAGGAGAACAACAACUGCUGGGGUGAAUACCACCCUUAUAAUAAUGUGCUCUGGCUACAUUACCUCACAGAUAAGAUUCUGAAACAAGUGACCUUCAGGCAUAAAAAUAACACCUCUGCCAUGAGGCAAGUGAAGCGAGAGAUCCAGCAAUUCCAUAAGACAAUGCUGAACUACAGCUCUGCCACAGAGCUGCUCUGUCAACACAGUCUAUUUAAGUAAGUUGAGUGUGCCUUACGGUCCCAAACUGAGAAGGCACUGAUCUUGGAGCCCCUAGAGAUACUGUUUUUAAUCUCCAUCCCCACAGCAGGAUGGAAUUCCCAUUCUUAUAUGUUUUCAAACAAGAAUUUUGUUUCCAAGUGGUACUACCGAAAUGAUUAAACUGCUCUUAAUACACUGUGCAUGAGAACAAGUGUUUACAACUCACAAGGUCUCUUUCUGUCAGCAGAGUCCAUUCUGUAAAUGCCUUUCCAUAUUUUCUUUUUUGAGCCUUGACACUAGGUAGCCUGAGCAAAAACGAAUUGGGAGAGCCCAAGGCCUCCAUUCUCAUACUGAUCAGAGCCUGCUGCUUUGGCUUCGGGAACCAGACUACAGAUGAGGAGUCACAACCGAAAGCAAAGAGGCUGCGGCAAAGCAGAGAGCCAAAGAGACAGACUGGAGGGAGGAAAGAAAGAUGGUAGAUAAUUUAUAGGAGAGCUGAGACAAAUGCCACAUGUUUAUCAAGCUCACUUGCGAAUCACAUAGGGAAGCAGAAUUUUAUCCUUUGUCAAAAGAAAAAUAAAUGUCUCCAUGGCUACUAACAAGGUUUGAAUUUUUGCUUAUUUUUCAUCAGGGAGAGAAAAACUGAAAUGUUCCCUUAAGAUCUGAGGGGUUGAUAUUCCUUCUAAAUGUGCUUUUGGUAAUUUACUCCUGUUUUCCUGUGGUUAAUCUAGUUCUUACUCCUUUUCUAGAACUCUAAUUUUUAUACUUCUGGGAACCCAUAGUCUGUGAUAAAGAACCACCUUUAAGUACCUGAGUCUUUGUCAGGUUGAUCACUCUUACAACCUGAAACCCUUGUAUUUUGAUUGGAACACAAAUUUGCAACUGGAAUUUGGCUUCAAAGAGAUUUUCCCCAUGUAUCUGCAAAAUAAAAUCAGAAAGUGGGAAGUCAAAGCUAGGGUUGCUUUGCCACCUGUUGCUCUGCAGUGAUGAGCACUAAACACUUACAUUGAAGAGGAAUUCUUUGUGGUCAGAAAGCCUCUGGCUUGUGAGCAUGUACAUCACCGAUGGUCUGCAAUUGAGAGGACAUGUGUAAUGCUACCAACUGAGUACACUAGGACAGAGGGCAUUGGAUCCUUAAGGGAAAUCAAAGUUGGGUGUCAAAAUGUAAAGUGGCCAUUAGGGCAGUUGGGAUGAGGUAGAAUAUUUGAAUUCUGUAUAGCUGGGCUGGCUUUCUGUCACUCCACAGAGUGGCCUUACUUUUCUUCCUCUUUUUUCCCAACCCCACAGCCCCUCACAUCCCUCCUUUGGUAUCACAAGGGCACCCUUUUGCAGACAGACCAGUUGGCACUGUUCCUCCUUUGAUACUACUAUGGAGUUUCUUCUUGUGUGCUGUCAAGUCAAUUCCGACUCAUAGCAAGCCUAUGGGACAGACUAGAACUGCCCCACAGGGUUUCCAAGGUUGCAGUCUUUACCGGAGCAGAUUGCCAGAUUCAAACCACUGACCUUUUGGUUAGCAGUCAAACGCUUCACCAUUGCACCACCAGGGCUCCUUAUGGAGUUUCUAGGACCCAGCUAUUAGUGCCUAGAGAUCAAUGUUGGAGCCUGGUUCUAAGCAGCCUCCCCACAAAGAAGGGGAAGGCCCACAUCCAUCCUGACCACCAGUUCCAGGCCCAGGAGAGACUGCCUGAAGCUGUACCCCAGGCACGGGCAGUCACUCGUGUCCCCCUUGGAAGUACUUACUUGGUGAGAACUGCAAUGAAGGCAUGCUUGAAUCGAAGGGUGGUCUUACCAGGCAAAGGCAAAGAACUUCUUUCAUUGGAACUAGGAAAUAAAGAGUGUCAGUUCCCAGCAUCCCUGCUUUGUACAUUAGCAGCUGCUUCUGUAUCUUGGCUUCCCAGGGCCCUCAGGGGUCAGAAAGGAAAAGGUUCUCAGAGAUAAGCAUUUGGAGUACAGAAGGAUUUUCAGAAGGGCUUGUUAAAAGUGCAGGUUCUGGGGAUUGCCCCUUGAUUGGUUCAGUUAGUCUAGGGUGGGGAUGAGAAACCUGCAUUUUAACAAGUUCUCCUGCAGGGGUGACUGGCUAGUCUCAUUUGGCCCCUCUCUGUCCCCCUGCCCACAAGCUGAGUCAUUGCGGUGGCAAGGGGCCCUUUGUGGGCUCACAGAAACUCCCUCCAUGGGCCACAGGGGAGCCCUCGCUCUCACAGCAUGCACGGGAGGCGGGGUUCUUCCAGGGCCACAGCCCAAGCCUGGUGUGCUACAGGUGCAACUCACUUGGUGAUCGUCACAGUGAUGUCUGCUGUCCUGUUGGGAAAGGCUUUCUCCUCCAGCUGCCAAACUACCAAAAUGUCUGCCUAUUUUAAAAGGGAAAAAAUGGUCACUUGAGCCCUGGUGGUGCAGUGAUUAAGAGCUCGGCUGCUAACCGAAAGGUCGCAGUUCAAAUCCACCAGCCGCUCCUUGGAAACUCUAUGGGGCAGUUCUGCUCUGUCCUGUGGGGUCGCAAUGAGAAUCGCCUCGAUGCCAACAGGUUUUUUGUUUGUUUCUAUACCACUCACAACUGAAAUUGCUUCCUAAUAAUUAAACAAACCAAGAAAACAACUAAUACAUCCUCACAUUUUUGUAGCAACUUCCACACUCAUUUCGUUUGAACCUCACGAUGUCGGUGUGGAGUAAGCAGGACAGACAGUAUUAUUCCCAUUUUACCAUUGGAAAAACCAAUCCAGAGAGUCCAGUGACGGCCCAGCAGCACAAGGAUAAUCAAUAGCCGAUCAGGAUUCCCAACUUUUACUCUGAUGCUCCUGCCCUAUUACUCCCAACUCUGGACUACCGGGGUGAGCCAACAGUUUGUCUCUGGCUGUAUGUUGGGAAACCACCCCCCACCUCCCCCACUCCCUACUCUGAGAGCAACCUCAUUAGUUCUGAGUGCUGCUGUGGAUUGUGCAAUAAAGAGACACUCUCGGGAACCACAAUUAAGAGAUUCGGACUCCAGGAUAAUGAGAAGAGCCAACCAAUCAGAACAGACUCACAGACGACCUCUUGAAUAUGGGGUGACCGAUCUUGCAGUUCAUGACCAGGAUAGAUGCAACUGGCUUAGGGUCAUCACACUGAAUAUUUGGAGAGGGAGGCUGUGAACACAGAGGAAGACACAUUCUUGAAGGGGGAAAAAAAGGGAGCCGCUCCUUCACACCAAUUGAGCAAACAUUUGCUGAUUUCUCCACAUGCCAAGCACCCUUAUCUGGACCACAGAAAUCAGACUUGGCCCCUGCCUUCCUCCCAAGCUGGGCAGUAGGGCUUAGAUCAUUGAGGAAUUUAAAUAGAAGGUCUAAAGAGUAAGUCUGUAAGAAGGGUACAGAGAAUACCAGUGGACAAAGAGAUUAAUUCCAACUAUCGUCAUUAGUUGUCGUCAACUCUUCUGACUCAUGGCGACCCUAUGUGUGCAGAGUAGAUCUGCUUCACAGGGUUUUCAAGGCUGUGACCUUUUGGAAGCAGGUUGCCAGGCCUGUUUUCUGAGGCACCUCUGAGGAGGUUUAAACUGCCAACCUUUCAGCUAGUAGUCAAGUGCUUAAAUAUCUGUGCCACCCAGAGAUUCCUUAAUUCCGACUAGGAGGAAUCUAAAGUCUUCAUGGGAUGGGAGACAUUUGGACUGGACCUUGGACCAACGCGCACGUGAUACACUGAGGUAGGCUGGAAGGAGGUGUGGACCCAAGCCCUGCCAUGCAGCUUUCUCAACCAUGGUUCCUCAUCUGCACCACAGAUGGUACUUUACUAGUUUCAUUCAAGAUGCAUAGGAGAGAAGUUCAUUUUUUUCACAUAAUGGAUGCUGUCCUCUCCCAGUGAGCCUAAGCUCACCAGGGACAAACUUGCAGUUUGAAAAAGUUGGUUUAUUGAUUCACUGCAGUGAGGAAAACCCCACUAUGGUACAUCGGGGGGCUUUAAGCUGGUUCAAAGCAAUUCAGUCAGGGCUGAUGAAGUGAAAUCGGAACAAACACAGAUUUUUAAAAUUUGAGUGAAGCGGAACAAUAAGCAGAAUGGAAAAAAUUACGGGUUGAAACCCUGGAAUGGGAGACUUGGAAGAGGUGUAGUGAGCUCUCUCAGGAGCCUGAUGCGGAAGAUUGGAUUAUUGCCAGGAAUGUGGAGCGUGACACAUUCCAAGCGGUGGGGGCGGCCUCCAUCUUUAAGUGAAGCACCACUGUUUCUGAUUCUGCUUGUCAAGAGAUUUGGUUGCCAUGCAACUCGCAUGCUGCCCUUGUUUUCUAGGAGGGAGAUUAAGUUUCUAACAGGGCUUCGAUCCAUAAUUUUUCCCAUUCCUCUUAUUGUUCUGCUUACCCACAUCUUAAAAAUUUGAUUCUAUUUGGGUUUUGCUUCAUCAGCCAUGACUCAAGUGGGCAGAACUGGUUCAAAGCCCUGGGUGCAUCUCAUCAAAAAAAAGGAGGGGGGGUGAUUAAAGUAUUCUGGGGCAGAUUGAAAUUUAGGUGAGAUUUAAAUAAAGCAGUGUUUUCACAGGCUCAAAGCAGGGCUCUGUGUAAAGGGGUCAGUCAACAUCAGGUCUGGACUGCGACAUCACCCAACACUCAUUUCCUUGGCAACUGUAAAGUUAAGGUAGAUGUGGAAAGAUGUGUCCAGAAACCCUAUAUCGGAAGUUUCGCAACUCAGUGAGAAAUUGAGACUGCGUCUCUUUGUCAAAGUGACUUAGAUUCUCCAGGCAAGAGCAAAUGCAUUUCAUAAUUACUGACGUAACUUCCAACAGCAAAGUUUCUGAUAGUCUAUGAUUUUAGAGAACAGAAAUUUUCAGUUUUACGAUACUUUCCAGCUUCAGGGUGUCCGUGGGAAAAAUACUGUUUCUAUUGUCUCUGCAGCUGGCUUUGUGUCUGUGAUCCCAACCUAAUGAAAAAAAAAAAAAAAGCCCAAACCCAUUGCCGUCAACUCCGACCCCUGGCAACCUCACGUGUGUCCAGAGUAGAGCUGUACUCCAGAGGGCUUUCCAUAGCUGUAAUCUGAUGGCAGAGUCCCUGGGUGGUGCGGUCAAACUGCUCGACUACUAAACCAAAGGGUCGUGGUUCGAAUCCACCCAGAAGCACCUUGGAGGAAAGGCCAGAUGAUCUCUGCUUCCGAAAGGUCACAGCCUUGAAAACCCCAUGGAGCACAGUUCUAUUCUGCGACACAUGGGGCUGCCAUGAGUUGGAAUCGACUCGGUGGCAGCUAGUUUGGUUUGGAUUUUUUAUUUAAUCUGAGGGAAGUAGAUUGCCAAGCCUUUCUUCUGUGGUGCCACUGGGUGAAUCUGAGCCACUAACCUUUCAGUUAGUAGCUGAGCGCCAACUGUUUGCGCCACCCAGGGACCUACCUGAUGAAUGGCAGGACAGAUGUUUACUUUUCCAGUCCUGUUAAUUUUUACUCUCUCAAUGCCUUAACGGCAUUAGUUUAUCUCUCAGAACCCUGGUUAAGAAAGGCUAGAGGCAGAGGAGUGACGAGCAACAAAAGGGCACCACUGGAGGUUUUGGAGGCAGAGAAUGGCAUGGUUGGGUCCAUGGCACAUGGAUGGAUUGCAGGGGAUUCGUGUAGUUAAUAAACGUUUAUUAGAUGGACCAGGAUGAAGCCAGAGGCAGGAGGACCAGGCAGGCCUGCAAAAAAGCAGGUGUACAGUGAGGGACAGACAUGGACAGCAUGUUUCCAAAGCUGCUCCCAGAGUUACCUUUUGUAUCCUUUUAAACUGUAAGUUUCUGGGGUAUGUCAAAGUCAGGUUUGUCAUGUAGGAAUCUUCCCCAGCGUUAGUUACAUUCAUGUUCAUAGUCAGCUCCUUGGUGAGACCUACCACCAAUUCCUCCCUGCACAGGGUAUAGGAAUAGAGAAAAAUGUUACCAGUUUACUUAAUCUUGAAAAACCAGGAUGCAAGAUAAUAUAACCCCACCCACUGCUGUCGAGUCAGAUUCCGCCUCAUAGCAACCCUGUAGGACAGAGUAGAACUGCCCCAUAGGGCUUCCAAUCUUUACAGAAGCAGACUGCCACAUCUUUCUCCUGCAGAGCUAGCGGCUGGUGGGUUUGAACUGCCAACCUUUAGGUUAGCAGGCGAAUGCUUUAACCUCUGCACUGCCAGAGCUCCUAAUAGCCCAUUUUUAACUGACUUCUUAGAUAACUUCGACAAGUUGCAUAAAGGAUACAUUGAACCUAGAUCCUCUUUCCCCCCAGUAAGCAAACACCUGGACCGACACUCUCCCUUAGUUGAUGUGGGAGAUGGUAACAAUGGCUACCCUUCAGUUACUGUUUAUUCAGUGCUUACCAUGUGCCAGGGACUGUGCUAAAGGCUUCACAUGCUCGAUUAAUUCUCACAACCCCAUGAGAUAGUAUAGUUACUCUAACUCCAUUUUAUAUCAAGAAGGAAACCAGAGUCCAGAGAAGCGAACUGAUUUGCCUGAGGUCUAGCAGCCUCAGAUGGCGUUGGGAGAAUUAGAUCCAGAUCCUGUUCCUACCACCAAUGUACUGUGACCCUAGGCAAGGGAUGUCAUUACACAAACCCCUCCAUUCUGCCCAUGCUCUGCUCAGCACUGGAGAUCGGUGGUGCAUAGGACAGACGCUAUGCCUGCGCUCACACAGCUUUACCUUUCUUGACCUCAGCCUUCCCACCUGCCCGAUCAUUAAGGCCCUUCCAGCGUAAAGGCUGGAUCUGUUAGCCUGGAGAAAAGGAGACUUGGGGAUACACGAGAGCUUCCUGCAGACCACUGAGGCCCGGGGGCCCCAGGAUGCAGAACCAGCGUCUGUAGUGGAGAUCUACAAGAAUGCACAUUACCAAUAGGAAGAAGACUUCCCAACCAUCCAAAAGCCCAAAGAAGGAAUGUGCAGGUCUAGGAAGAAAUGACGUGUAUUAAUUUAAAAAAAAAAAAUCAUUCUUGCAGCUGAGAAGAUGAUAGAUUGAUUGGAGAGAGACGGGAGGCAGAGACCAGUUACAGCAUCUGACAGGUGACAUGUGCCUGAAAUAAGACAAAAGUAGUGGGGUGUGGGGAACAGGUAGAAACCAAAGAUGGUGAGGCUCUGCUUGCAUACAGAGUGAAAAAGAGAGGCGUCGAGGAGGAGGCCUGAGUUUCCAGCUCGGAGACUGAAUGGUUCUAUCGACUGAGGGAGUGAACACAGGAGGAAGGGCAGACUGGCGGAAGAGACAAUGAGCUGGGCUUGGGACAUGAGAAGAGGCGCCUGUAGGAUAACGAGGUUGUUGUUAGCUGCCAUCGAAUAGAUUCCAACUCUCAGGGUCCCCCAUGCACAGAGCAGAACUGCUCCAGAGGGUUUUCAAGGCUGUGAUCUUUCGGAAGUAGGUCAUCAGGCUUUUCUCCCAAGGAGCUUCUGGGUGGGUUUGAACUGCCAACCUUUUGGAUAGUAGUCAAGCGCUAAACAGGGACUCCUGGGUAACAGGUAAAAAAACAGGUAGGUAACAGGUAGAGAUGUUUAAAUGUUAGCUGAAUAGAGCCCAGGAGAGAGAACUGAGAGUCAUCAGAAUAUUUAACAAGGAUUCUUAACCUGAGGUCCGGGGACAGUUUCAGAGGGUCCUGAGCGCAAACAUUUAUGUAAUAUAUUUGAUGUUCUAGGGAGAAGGGCCUGUAGCUUUCACUAGGCUCUUUCAGGGAUCCAGGUCUGCAGAAAGGUAAAAAUCCACCGAUUCAGUUGGAUGCUGACAAUUAGGUUCGGUGACACUUUUGAAUAAAGAGGAGAGGUACUGGCUAUGUACACUAGGUGGCGCUAUUAGCCAAGCUGCAUGUGCUGUGUUGCUAGUCCACACAGACCGCUGGGCAGGCGGUUCUUGGCUGUAAUUAAUUCCUCGUUGGAAACAGCUGCAUCUGCUUAUUAGGCUGGAUUCCAAACCACUCUAAUGUCUUGAAUUGGGCCCUCAGUGAUGGGGAAGGGCCGCCUUAAGCCAGCCACGUCUGAAACGAAAUCCCUGCACGCCUAUGAGCGGGUUUACCAGGACUCAGCGAUCAGCGUUCUUCCUCGUAGAUACCACCUUUGCCCAGCUGAGGACCAUCAACCAUGUUACACCCACAGAACUCGUGGCCAGGGUGGGUA